AUGAGGGAAGGAAGGAAAGGAGAGCGCCCGAAUGCUAGGAGACCCCCAAUCACGCCACGAGUGAACGUGUGUUUUGGUCUAUUUUUAUUUACCUUACGCACGUGCAGCCGGGGCUUUCCUUGCAGUGUGGCCCUAUUUUUGAGGUCAGAGGUGCUGCGCGGUAGCUCAGCGGGUCGUGUUCAAGUGCCGAUAUAUCUGCUCCGUCGAGUCCUCGUCUUGGCCGUUAAGUUGGUUAGAACGUCAAUUGGCUCUAUAAAAAUCCUAGUGUAUUCCCCGGACACCCACGUUUUCCUGCCUCCUCGCCAAACCGACCGUCACAACCCUUCUCCGUGA